AUCAUCAUUAACCUCUUCUAGCUUCUCGCUUUUCUCUCUCAAUAAGCAAUUCAAACAGUGCAACCGACUGGUACUACAGACAGGAACACGCCUUUUAUCGCUUAUAAAACAACUCUAUUCAACCUUUUUCUUUAGAGCACACUGUUUGCUUUCACCAAAUCACCUUUUUAAACAAGAACGUAUUAGGUCUAUAAAAUGAAGUCCUCAUUCAACGUCAGCAUCCUCUUUGUCGCCCUGGCUGCCGCUGCCAUUGCCAGUCCUGCUGAUGCCCAGCUCGGCCUAGUCAAGCGCAGCAACUACUCAGUCACUGAGGAGAGCUCAUCUGAGGUGCCUCCCACUUAUGAAGGCCAUGAGGAGUCAUCGACUGAGGUCCCUCCUACCUAUGAGGGCCAUGAGGAGCCAUCGACUGAGGAGCCUUCCACUGAGGAGCCUUCCACUGAGGAGCCUCCCACUUAUGAGGGUCAUGAGGAGCCAUCGACUGAGGAGCCUUCCACUGAGAUCCCUCCUACCUACGAGGGCCAUGAGGAGCCGUCGACUGAGGUCCCCCACUCGAGCUGCACUUCCACUGUCCCUUCUCAUCCUUCUACCGAGUGCACUACGACAGUUCCCCCGACCACCACCACCGAAUCCCUCCCCCAACUACCACCACUGAAGUCCCUCCCCCAACUACCACUACUGAGGUCCCUCCUCCGACCACCGAGUGCACUUCAACUGUUCCCCCGACCACCGAGGUCCCUCCCCCAACUACCACUACUGAAGUCCCUCCUCCGACCACCACCACUGAAGUCCCUCCUCCGACCACCACCACCGAAGUCCCUCCCCCAACUACCACUACUGAAGUCCCUCCUCCGACCACCGAGUGCACUUCAACUGUUCCCCCGACCACCAAUUCCACCCCCGGCCCGUCGACAUCCACCAUGACAAUUACCACGACCAUCACCCCCACUACCGAUGAUGGCAUGACCACCACCCCCACCACUGAUCACAACACGACCACCACCCCCACCACUGAUCACAACACGACCACCACCCCCACCACUGAUCACAACACGACCACCACCCCCACUACUGAUGACAAUAUGACUCCUG